AUGCCGGACAAUCGAAAAUUACAGAGCAAUGUUGAAGAUGCUAUGAAGUCAUUGACGAUAGAAAGCAGAGAGGACAAAAAUGGUGGUACAGGUCCGGGUCCAUACCCGGGUCGACCUGGUGAACCUGAUUGUAUAUACUAUUUAAGGACAGGGACUUGUGGUUAUGGAACCAAUUGUCGUUUCAAUCAUCCGCCUAAUGCAGGACAAAGUGUUCAAAGCACUGGUGAACUUCCCGAAAGAGUUGGACAACCGGAGUGUGGGUAUUAUCUUAAGACAGGUACUUGCAAAUAUGGAAUGACUUGUAAAUAUCAUCAUCCCAAGGACAGGCGUGGUGACUCAUCGGUCGUAUUCAAUAGUUUGGGGCUACCAAUGCGUCAGGGUGCAAAGCCAUGUCCUUAUUAUAUGCAGACUGGAUUAUGUAAAUAUGGAUAUGCGUGCAAGUUCCAUCAUCCUCAACCCAUUUCAGCUGCAAAUGUAUCUGUAGCAGGUCAUAUUGUCUAUGGUUUAGGUGGCUCUGUAGUUGAGCCUUCCUCUGGUGCACCUUCUGUCGGUCAACUUCCAGAAUCAUCAUUAUCGAAGGCAACAUAUGUAUCUAGUUCCCUCCUUCAAGCCCAACAAAGCUUUAUGCCUGUUGUUCUAUCACCAGUGCAAGGGUGGAAUGUGUACAUGGGAGGUAUCAACCCUGUAUCUGUAACUAGUGGGCUCGGUCUGCCAGUUUUUAAUGGGCAGCUAUCAGCAUCUCAUCUGCCAGAGAGACCUGAUCAACCGGAAUGUCGGUACUUUAUGAACAAUGGAAGCUGUAAAUAUGGAUCAGAUUGCAAAUAUCACCACCCUAGAGAAAAGAUUUUACAAUCAGCAUCAAAUUUUCUUGGGCCACUUGGGCUCCCUUUAAGACCUGGUCAACCUGUAUGUGUAUUUUACACUCUUAAUGGACUUUGCAAAUUUGGUCCUACUUGUAAAUUUGACCACCCCAUGGAAGGAUACAGCUCCUUCACUCUUCCUUCUCCACCCAUAAUUCAUUUGCCUUGGCUUCCUUAUCAGAAAACUCCUUCACUUGCAGUGUUAUCUGAAACAUCUUCCUCUAAAUCAUCAAAGUUUACGGACUGGAUCAGGAAAGGUGCUACAAGCCACAAAAAUCAGGAUUCAAACACGAAAGAUCUUGAAGAUAUGCCUGGACAGUCUGAUUCUCGACCUCAUUCAUCCAAAGCAUCUUCGGAGAUCACGCACAACGAAUCUGAUUGA